UCUCAGUUGUGUCUAUAUCUGGCUUUACACUUCAACAUCUAAUCUUUGAAUCAGGAAAAACAAAAGCUCGCUGAGACAAAACCCUUUAUUCUAUUACCAGACAAGGAGAUGGGAACUGAACAACCAAAGUCUGUAACUAUUAAUGUAACCGGAUUUAAGAAAUUUCAAGGAGUUGCUGAAAAUCCGACGGAAACUAUAGUUAAUAACCUGACGAGCUUCGUUCAAAGAAAAGGUUUGUUGCCUGCCGGUGUUACUUUAGGGAGUUGCACUGUUCUCGAGACGGCAGGCGAUGGUGCUCUUCCCGUGCUUUACAAGGUCCUGGAAUCAGGCACAUCAGGAAUCCACACCAAAAAAGAGCAUAUUGUAUGGCUUCACUUGGGGGUUGAUGGUGGAGCAGAGAAAUUCGCCCUCGAACGGCAGGCUGUAAAUGAGGCUACUUUCUUUUGUCCUGAUGAGCUAGGAUGGCAACCUAUGCGACAACCCAUUGUUGCGGAAGAUGGAGGAACUUCCCGUAAACGAGAGACGACUUGUUCGAUUGAAGUGAUUCUCAAGUUCUUAAAAGACAAGGGCUAUGAUGUGAGGAUAUCGAACGAUGCGGGCCUUUUUGUAUGCAAUUAUGUGUACUAUCACUCCCUCCGGUUCGCAGAACAGAAGGGUCACAAGUCAUUAUUUGUUCACGUUCCCCUCUUCUCGGUAAUCAAUGAAGAGACACAGAUGCAAUUUGUAGCUUCUCUUUUGGAGGCCAUUGCAUCAACCUGCUAGUAUUGAAGCCAUUUAUGGUGUAUGCAUACCCUGGUUUUCGACCCGAAGCUUCCGCAGAGGCGAAAUGAUAUGAUUAUGCUUAUAUCUAUGUUCAUAAUUUACCGUUGCUUAUCUUAAAGUAAACAAUGGAACUUCUUUUGCCUCCCCA